AUUUUAUUCAGUUUAAGUAGUUUUUAGAGUCUUUCAAUUAGUUUUAGUUUGUAGUUUUUAUCUAUAUCCAUUGUUUCGUUGUUUGUGUUAUUUCAUUUAUUAUUAAAAAAUAUGUCGGACAAAAAACGGGCGGCUAAUUUCACAAAAACUGAGGAGAAUAUUUUAUUAGGCCUAGUUCGGAAAUAUGUCCUCAUUGUGGAAAACAAAAAGACAGACGCCGUAAGUGCCAAACAAAAGGCAGACUGUUGGCAACAGAUUACGGCGGAAUAUAACUCUCAUGGGGUUACUGCGAGAAGCAGUGCCGUUUUGAAAGGAAAAUACGAAAAUAUUAAGAAAAGAGGAAAAAAAAAACUCUCCGAAAAAAGUGCCCAUAUUAAAAAAACUGGAGGUGGGCCACCACUUCCAGCUGACGACAGUCAGGACAAAGUUUUAAUGGAUAUACUGGGUACCCAGUUAACUGGUUUUCAAAGCCAGUACGAUGAUGAUAAACCAGAAAAUGAAAGCAUGAACGUGGAAGUGGUUCAGAUUGAGGUCGACAACAAUUGCAAUAUUGUGAGCCCAGAUAAAGAAGAUGAACUAAUAGCGCUAGAUGAGCCCAUAAACGAAGCAGAAACCACUGCCGCUUUGUCAGAGCCAUCGUGCUCAUGGGCAGAUUACAAUCCACGAUUAUUAAGAACGCCUGUCUCCGCACCUCUGAGGAAAGAAUACAAGAAAGCCCCUUUGCGGGAUAAGAUAUCAAAGUGGGCUAUUAUGAAAACCGAGUUAGCUGGACUUCAGCAACAAGGUCACGACACCUUGCUCAACAAAAAGCUGGAAGAACUGGACAAUAAAAUAGAAUGCCACAAGAAAAAAACCGACUUAAAAAUGAAAUGCAUUUUGGAAGAACACAAUUUAAGGAUGCUUCACUUAAAAAUAGAGCAUGAGAGACGACUACAAGCCCUUGAACAAGAAAAUGAAAUUUUAAAAUCAAAAAAGAAAAUAGAAUAAAAACAAUUGUUGCAUUUUUAAAAUUUAUUUUAU